GCGGAUGAGAGGAACGAAGAAAGGAGGAAAAAGAAAAGAGGGGAUGAUGUCUGAGCGGAUUGCUUCGUGUGGGAGCCUGUACGACAGCACCAACCUGCUGCUACAGUACUGCAACAACGAUGACACGGUGUCGGCCAGCAGUAACAUGGACAUGGAGGACCGAGUUUCCCACCUGGAGCAGAGGCUACAGCUGCAGGAAGACGAGAUCCAGCUGCUGAAGGCCGCUCUGGCCGAUGCCCUGCGCAGGCUGGGAUACUGUGAGGAGCAAAGCUUGGGGACGCAACAUGGUGGCGUCCAUGCUGCGGGGCGGAGAUCGCUGGCGACCACAGCUCCAGCUCCUCCAACCAAAGUGCGUCAGCUCCUGCAGGCUCUCCCUUCCAGACCUCUGAGUAAUGGCUACGUUCAACAGAAACGCCUCCUCUCCUCCCCUUCUUCUCCUAAGAAGGAGGUGCUGCAGUCCAUCAAGAGGAAGAGCAUGUCUACAGAGCGUCUCACUCUGGUGAGGAGAGAGAUGGAGGCAGCAGGCAGUCGGAGUCGGACCACCUCCUCCAGCAGCUCAUCUGGAGGAAAAAGUAAAUCCAAAGAAUGCACCCUCAAUGCAGAGGACGGCUACGUGAGGAUGUUCCUCCGAGGUCGUCCCGUCACCAUGCACAUCCCAGAUGAGCAGAGGGAGAGCUACAGCCUCGACCACAAGGUGGCGGUACCUGACCGCAAGCUCAAACUGCAGUGGGUGUAUGGUUAUCGUGGACGAGACUGUCGCUCCAACCUCUACCUGCUGCCCACAGGUGAGAUCGUCUACUUCAACGCCUCGGUGGUGGUGCUUUACAACACGGAGGAGCAGCAGCAGAGACACUACCUGGGACACAAUGAUGACGUGAAAUGCCUGAGUGUGCAUCCUGAUAUGGUUACCAUAGCAACUGGGCAAGUAGCUGGAAACUCUAAAGAUGGAAAGCUGCUGGCUCCUCAUGUCCGUGUUUGGGACUCUGUGAGCCUCAACACGCUGCAUGUGCUCGGGAUGGGCGUGUUCGACAGAGCCGUCACCUGUGUGGCUUUCUCCAAGUCGAACGGCGGCACCUUCCUCUGUGCUGUCGACGAUGCCAAUGAUCACAUCCUGUCAGUCUGGAACUGGCAGAAGGAAAAACAAGUGGCUGAUGUCAAGUGCUCCAAUGACUCUGUGCUGGCUGCUGUGUUUCAUCCCAUGGAUGCUAACCUGAUCGUCACCUGUGGAAAAUCUCACAUCAACUUCUGGACCAUGGAGGGAAACACGCUCACCAAGAGACAGGGCCUGUUCGAGAAACACGAGAAACCAAAGUAUGUGCUGUGUGUGGCGUUUGCUGAGAAUGGAGACGCCAUCACAGGAGACUCCAGCGGGAACAUUUACAUCUGGGCCAAAGGUGGUAACCGUAUCACUCAUCAGGUGUCAGGGGCCCAUGAGGGCGGGAUUUUCUCCAUUUGCGUCCUGAAGGACGGCACCAUGGUGUCCGGAGGAGGGAAGGACCGUAAGGUGGUGUUGUGGAACCACGACUACAGGAAACAGUCUGAGAUGGAGGUGGGCGAGCCGUUCGGGCCUGUUCGCGCUCUGGCUGAGGGCAAACCUGGAGAACUCUUCGUAGGAACCACCAAGAACGCCAUCAUCAGAGCUGCCUUCCCUGACACUUUAACUCCUAUUGUUCAGGGUCACACAGAUGAGCUGUGGGGUCUGGAUGUUCAUCCCACCAUGGAGCAGUUUGUCACCUGCUCCCAGGACAAGCAGGUUCACCUCUGGGACACCAACUCCCAUCAGCCCCUCUGGAGCAAGACCAUCGAGGAUCCUGGGAGGUCUGCAGGUUUCCAUCCAAGCGGGGAAGUUCUGGCUGUGGGGACCAUGACUGGAAGGUGGUUGGUGCUGGACACUGACACCCGGGAUCUUGUUUCUAUGCACACAGAUGGAAAUGAGAUAAUUUCUAAUGUGAAAUACUCUCCAGAUGGUAACUUCCUGGCUGUUGCCUCCCAUGACAACUUUGUUUACAUCUAUGCUGUGACGGAGAACGGUCGGAAAUACAGCCGUGUGGGGAAAUGCACUGGUCACUCAAGCUUCGUCACCCAUCUGGACUGGUCUGCAGACAGCCAGUACAUCGUCACCAACUCAGGAGACUACGAGAUCCUCUUCUGGGAGGCCUCCAGUGGUAAACAUGUGACGAACAUGGACAUCGUGCGUAACCUGGAGUGGGCCACGUCCACCUGUACCUUGAGCUUUAACACCUUUGGAAUUUGGCCGGACGGAGCAGACGGCACAGACAUCAAUGCCGUGUGCAGGUCACAUGACGGAUCCCUGCUGACCUCUGCUGAUGACUUUGGCAAAGUGCACUUGUUCUCCUUCCCCUGCUCUCAUCCAAGGGCUCCGAGCCACGAGUAUGGUGGCCACAGCAGUCACGUGACCAAUGUUGCCUUCCUGCACGACGACAGUCACCUGAUCUCCACCGGUGGGAAAGACACCAGCAUCCUGCAGUGGGUGGUUGCUUAGGCAACGGCAUCACCACCCACAUCUUGAAUCCCUACAGACAGGGACCAGCCUCCUCUCAGACCCCGACACCUUUCACUGUUUUACCCUCCUGCCACCAGGGGGCAGUUACUCCUCUGUGCCUACUGGAAAAUAAGAAAUACAAACACAACACGACCGACCCACAGAUGUCACCCCAGAUGAGAUAAUAAUAACCGAAAUCCUCUUUAGUGUCCUGCUGUUUGUGAUAGAAUGUAGAGAAAUUGACUUGUUGCAAUGCAGGAAGUGAAUCCUAACUGUAUCCAAAAAAAGCAAACUACUGUAACACCAGAGCAGCUGGUGGAGACCACACACCUGUGGCUUUAGCAUUAGUACUAACUGUGCCUGAACUGUAUUCAUCUUAACCCCCUUUAAAGAGAGCUCCACCUAUUUUACUGGGACGUGACUUUGUACGUUUUAGUCCUUGAUUCAAAAAUCGUGUAUACUUUAUGAUUCCUGCUCUCACAGAGGCAAUCCAAAGGUCUGAAUUUAUGUGUUAGGGAUUAAUAUUGAGCUCAAGAGCGAUGCAGUGGUUAGCACUUUCACCUCACAGCAACAAGGUACCUGGUCCCAGUCACAUGGGCCUUUUCUCUGUGGAGUUUACAUGUUCUCCCCGUGCAUUUUGGGGGUUCUUCCCGGGUACUCUGGCUUCCUCCCACAGUCCAAAGACAUGCUUAUCCAGUUUACUUCUGACUUUGAAAAUUUCCAGAGGUGUGAACAUGACUGUGCCUGGUAGUUUGUUUCUAAUAAAACAGCCCUGUGACUGACUCAGGACCAGGCCAGGGUGUUGCUUCUCGCCCAGAGGAUACGUGAUACAGAUCAGUGGUCACCAACCUUUUCAACUUUAGAUCCACUAUGAGCUGAACAGAGAAAACAAGAUCUUCCUGCACAAAUUCACAAAGAUUAAAGCAACUAAUAUUUACUUUGAGUUUAUAUGAUUGGAUUUUACCCAUGUGAAAGUUAGUGGAUACAGUCUUCAGUUGAUCUUUGAAGGUUUACAUUUCUGUGUCGAUACAAACUUCUGCACGUCACAAAUGCAUUCAAACUAGGCCUCUCAGCAUUGAUGCAUUCAUUGCAAUUAAGUGCCAUAAUUGGUGCAGGAAUUUUUAAAUCACGAUAAAUUGCAUACUUUAUGGUCCCUUUCAUCACAGUUUGGUUAAGCCACUUUAACAUCUCCCUGCAGCCACAGUGAUGUAAAAUACAUCCACCACUACUCCUUAAUCUCUUCUCACUUUAAAAACUCACAGUAAGCUCAGUGGAGAGUCAAAAGUCAUCUGCACAUUGCUUUAUCAAGCAUUAACCUUUUUGCUAUUACAUCUCAAUCCAUAACAAGCUCCUUUUUCCAUAGUUAAGAUAAGAUAUUCCGUUAUUAGUCCCGCAAGGGGAAAUUCCAAUUUACAGCAGCAAAAAGCAGUACAGACAAAGCAGGCCAUUGGCAACAAUAACACAAUAGAAAUAGAGGGCAACAAAAGUAGUGUGAACAAGAGCAUUAGUAAAUACAAAAAUAUGGAGUAUGAAAACAUCAACUACAAAAUAUAAAUAGUAUUUACAAACUGUUAUGUACAGAUUGGAUAUAUUACAGAUUGGGUAUGUGGGGGAAAAUACAUCACCAAAUAACACUAUUUAUGUUAAAAACGCUACUUAUUUAUGUCCUUUUGAUGUAAUUAAUCACCGAUUGAUAAAUAAUUAAAAUAUACAUGUUCUUUUUCUAUGCUAAUUUUACAUUUGAUAUAAGAGCAGCAUUUCAUGUAAGGAAACAGUGAUAAGAGACAUUUUUUAAAUUGUUUGUUAACAUUUACUGGUAAUUAUAAUCCAGAUGUAAAUUAUAGACUGAACUGAGUGUAUAGCCUGAAAUCCUCUAAUGAAAAAGGGAAGAUUUUAAGCAGAAUUAGGUUAAAUUUACUAUGUUUUUUUGUAAUGUACAAGAAAUUAGGGCUGAAAGAUUUGGAAAUAAUCUAAUUGCAAUUUUCUCCCAAUAUUGCAAUUUCAGUUUGAUAUGUGAUUAUUCUUUAAAUUCCAACAAAUACAAGCAAUAAAUCAUUAUAUAUUAUAACCAACACAAUAUUAGAUAAAACUAGGGUUUAAACAUUUAAAAAAUGUAACUGUGAUUAUUUUGACUCAUAUUUCCAAGUGGAUAUAUACAUUAUUAUAGGUAAUGAUAAUUUUCCUGUCAUCCUCAUAUUUAAUCAGAAAAUGUGAACAAUGAAGUAGGAUUUUUUUGUUGACUAUUCUAAAAAAAAAAAAAAAAGUGGCUUUUGAAUGAUUGGAUGAUGUGUGAUGCAUGACAUCUCUGCUGCAAAAAUAAAAGUUUUAAAACAGCAUUUUGACUCAAGUUUUAGGCUUAAGAAAUAUUGCAACUACUGCGAUUUAAAAGUUGCAGCAGGCCAUAUUGCAAUUUAAUCUAAUUUUCAAUUAAUUGCCUAGCCCUACAAGAAAUGUAAAGGAAUAUAGCAACAGAGGGUCAUUUGCAUUGCAAGGUUUGGGAACCCCUGGUCCAGUAUUAAACUAAAGUCAUGAAAAUGUCAUUUUCUGUCUUAAACUGGAACAACAUAUACAAGAAGGUGAUAAAGGAAACAGAGCUAGACAUAAUACACGUGUAAACAAAGAUCUUGUAAUGUCUCCAAGAUGUUCUAAAGGUCAGGGACCCCUGGUAUAGAUGAUGCAUGAAUGAGAGUAAUAUUAGGACAGUACUUCUGCAUCUCAAAGCAGCUGUAGGUUUACAUACAUGCCCACAUGAUGUGAUGAUUAAAGCAAGUUCCUAAAUGUUGUGUAAGGUGGUUAGCUUAUUGCAUAAACUGCAUACUUUAUUAACUAGUAUGAACUAGAACAACAUCACUAUGCUCUAAAAUUUAAGCUUGAAAGGAAUGUGUUGCAGAAUCCUGGUCAGACAUAUGAAGUUUAAAAAAGUUUUCAUUCUGAAUGCAUGGAAGCCAAGAAUGUCAUAAAGUAUACACAAUUCAAGGGCUAAAACAUCCAUAAUCACACGAACAUUUAAAGAUUUCACAUUAACUUUGCACCCCAGGUGAAAAUAGUAGAUUCUUAUGAACAUGCUCCCUUUUUCCUGAAGGAAGAAAUCCCAACAUUAAACUUCCUACAGUUAAAUAAAACAGAAUGUAACCCUCUAAAGGUUUAAAGUGCUGCAGUCAGAGUUUCUAUGUGUUCACUUAUGGCAGUAAGCGAUGGUGAUGAUGUUUAUAAGAAUGAACUGGCCUGCCUGGGGCAAAGAAAGAUUGUAUUAGUCUUCAUAAAAUAGGUGGCAUUCCCCUUUAAAAAUCUUAUUAUAACCUAACUGCCUUGUUAUCUUUCCUUCCCUAACAUGAUUUCUGACAUGACUACAGAAUGUUUGUAAGUAUUACAGAUCACCCUCUGAGAUUUAAACGGUACAAAGUGGCUGUUCUUGAUCCAGAGCCUCUCAUAUAACCCCCGCCCCUGCCCUCUCCCCUCGGGCUGCUGUGGUCUUAUUACUGUAACUGUGCUGAGGAGGCACUAGAUGGCGCUACAUUUCAAGAGACAGAGCAUGACUGAGGCCGCCCUCCUCCUGUAGAUGCUGUUAAUGUUGCAGAGGUCUAUAGAGUUAAUAUAUGCAUUACGCAGUAUAUCCAAGUGGCUGUGUUAUUUUAAUAUUUAACCCUGAUGGAUGUUGUUAUUAUUCUUGUGGCACUUUUAGUGAUUGACAGAAGGGUAACGUAGGCUGCUGUGCUGUUGAAGUGAGCUUUAGCUUUGCCUUCUUCUCUUUUGUUAAUAAAGUUUUUACCCAACUCA